AUGGGUUCGACAGUGGACAUCGCGUCGGCAUUCGUUCAGGGUGCACCGCCGGGGGAGUUGCAAGAAGUUGUCAAAGACAUCCGGGGGCUUACGGCCGACGACGACCCGGCGCUGAUUGCGAAACUGAAGCCCGCCUUCGAGCGAUACAAUGAAGAGCAGCUGACCUCGGUGAAACUACCGGGAUCGAAUGAUUAUGUCCUGAUAUCCAAAUACAACAAGCUUCCUUCCUCGUCCUCUUCGAGUCGCUACUACGACACCCAGUCCUCCACAUCUUUCGAGUUCGACCACACCACGAGCAAAGCCAGCGCGACCCAGUCGUACACGCACGAAACCCAACACACGGCGCUGAUCCAGUCCAUACUGAAAUCCCUCGCGGGCCAUUUCGCAGACCACUACCCUCCCACCACGGCGGCGGCUUACACAGUCUGUGCGACGCCAGACGACGACAAGCACAUCGCGGUGCUGGUGUCGACCACCAAAGCCUCGCCGAAAAACUUCCUCAGUGGACGCUGGCGGAGUGUGUUUCUAUACGACCCGUCAGCGGGCACUCUGAGCGGCGAAACCAAGAUUGACGUACACUACUACGAGGACGGGAAUGUGGCGCUGACGACGGGCAAGAAAUUCGACGCCGUGUCCGUGGGCGGUGCGGCCGAUGGCGCGGCAAUAGUGCGCAAGAUUGCCGUGAUUGAGAACCAGUAUCAGGAAGAAGUCAACCGGACCAUUGUGGGCAUGAAUGAGACCAGCUUCAGACACCUGCGCAGGCAGUUGCCCGUCACGAGACAAAAGGUCGAGUGGGAGAAGGUGAAAGGAUACUCGCUGGGAAGUGAUCUCAAGGGAGAGGCCAAGAGAUGA